GUGCUCCAUGGCGGAAAAAAAGUUUACUGAUUCAUGGAUGCACAGGCUGCUGCUGCUGCUGCUGCUGCUGCUGCUGCGCAAUCGGGCAAAUUUACGCACCUUGUAGAUUUAUUUCCUUCAGGGCCACAUGUCUCUCAGGCUGAUUUGAUAAACGAUGACUGGCCUGGCUACAGUUUAGACCUCUUCAGCUAUCCGGCUCACUACUCCGGAGAUUUAGACUGUGUCAUCAUUCCGCACGGCGUGAUUAUGGACAGGACAGAACGUCUGGCUCGAAACAUCAUGGAUGACCUAGGGGACCAUGACAUCGUGGUGCUGUGUGUGCUGAAAGGAGGCUACCAGUUCUGUGCCGACCUGGUGGACAGGAUCAAGGCCCUUAGUCGCAACUCCAACCACACAAUCCCCAUGAGGGUCCACUUCAUCCGCCUCAAGAGCUACCUGAAUGACCAGUCAACAGAGGAUCUUCACAUAGUCGGAGCAGAAGAUUUGUCUUUUUUAGCUGGAAAGAACGUACUGAUCGUGGAGGCCAUUGUAGGCACCGGAAAGACAAUGAAGACUCUCCUGAAGCAUGUUGAAGCCUUCAGGCCAAAAAUGAUCAAAGUAGCAGGAUUGCUGGUGAAGAGAGUCCCACACAACUCAGCAUGUCUUCCUGACUAUGUCGGCUUUGAGAUACCCAAUCGGUUUGUGGUUGGCUAUGCCUUAGACUACAAUGAGUAUUUCAGAGACCUAAAUCAUAUCUGUGUGAUCAGUGAAAGUGGGAAGACAAAAUACAAAGUUUAAAAAAAGGCGACUGUCACACAGAUGUCAUCUAACAGCAAGCCUGAACAUACUCCAGUGUGCCAAGUGCCAUUCACUUACAGCUGCUAUGGUGACAUUUGAUCUCAAGCAUCCCUGUUUUGUUAUAACAUUCCUUUGGUGAAACAUUUGUUUUAACAAUAGACACGGACAUUACACUGGUAAUUUUAGCAAAGCUAACACAUGCUUUCCCAUUUAUUCUUUGUGUUUACCGAACUAAUUCACAUGGAAAGUGUUUAAUGCUACUGCCUUUGUCAGUUUGACUAAAUGCCACCUUUGUAUGUAAUGUUAAGACUCUGAUAAUCCUGUGUGAAUGUGAUUUUUAAAUCAGUGAUUAGCAAAGUAACAAAGAAAAAGGGAGUUUUUUUUAUAAGGAAAUUAGUGAUAGAAGUUUACAUUCUCUUCCCAGGUUCAUUGCCUUUUUAAUGUUUCUUUAGUUAGUUCUCCUGCUGUCACUUUUAUUGCUCAGGGGCAAACAAAGUAGUUCUGUAAACACUCAAUGUGCUAACUACCUCUUUUUUUUUUUUUUUUUUUUUUUUAGUAUUUGAGGUGUAGUGGGAUACUCUGUUUCUGUAUUUCCUUUUAUAAUUUAACAUAUCAGUAAAGUAUUUUUAACAUGUC